UAACAUGCAGUUCCGAGCGCGAUCCCACGGCGAGCACGUGGCACUCCGACAGGACGAAAUGCCAUAACCAUGGCAUCGUCAAUGGGCCGCCGUCGUGGGCCUCGUUGUUGUCUUCGGGGUUCCCCGUCGGCUUGUAAACAAAGGCCCGUGUCACUGGCAAAGGAGAAGAACAAAACUGCACUGGACAAAGUGUCUCGGGAGUUUGCACAAGGACACCGUUGCCGUUCCGAUCCAUGGUGCUGCUCGGCAACCAUGUGGUUCGCUGUUCGUUGGUUGCCGCUCGGUUGCGGUAGUCGACGCAUGUGUAUAGAGAGCAAACGGCCGCUCGCGAAUGCUCUCAAUGUGCAACCAGUUUGUGCUGUAAGUAGAUCCGUUUUAGUCCUCGACCGACUGUCAAUCGCGCUGGACGCUGUUUCCGGACGUACCAUCCUUCUGUACCUUAAGGUGUCCUGUGUGUGAAGAGUAGCUGAAGAAGCGGGCGCUGGGAAGCGGAAAGACGACGUCAGACGGGAAGAGCAAUUUUUGUAGAUUCCGGCACUUUCUCCAUUAAUGCCGAUGAGAAGAAAUUUGGUUACAUGCCUCACGAUAACAAUGUACACUUACCCGGUGACGGUUUGAUGGUGGUGUGUGAGAAGCUGUGCGUGGGCUCACCGACGGGGUCGGCCAGGCGUGUGUUUGGUAAUGAAGUGAAAAUUGGCUCCGUCCGUGGCCGCCGGUGUGUGACGCGCUUUGCCGUAGUUGAGUCGAUAAAUUAGUGUCAAAUCAAUCAGCAAAAUCAGAGGUGAGGGGUUUUGCGGCGGUGUGAACACUUUCGAGCGUUGUGUCGCUGGCAGUUUUCUUGGCCUUGCUGCCCAUCUAUCCGCUGCCGACGUAAGUGCUCAAUCACGGCAGCACUUGGCGCAGUAGGCCUGGGGUUGGCUGAAGGAUUCGCGAAACGUUUGAUGGAUUUUGAAACUGCUUGUUGUGAACACAGCAGGCUGUGUGUUGUCGACUCAAAAACACGAGGACACAAACAGAAACCGAAUAACUGAUGCUGUGCGUGUUUCGUCCGAUAGCGAGUGGUGGUUGUCAUGUUCAGCGAAGGCAAGGACCGCAGCGUAGGACGUCCACGAUAAUCACUACCCCUUAGUGCGACCGAAAAGCCAAGCCGCGACUUCAUCCGUUACGAUCUGAACCGGACGGACGGACGGUGUUAACGGGCCACGGGUGUUUGGAAGCCAAAUGAAACCAUAAGUGAAGUGGUUCCGGGUGUCUCGAGCAUCGAAACAUACUCGAUCGCGGAUCACGCAGGAGGAGAAUAACACAUCCCCCCGGGACGGCUGGACCUGGACCCGGAAGCAUUCCGAUAUCGAAACGAAAAACUACUAUUUCCGGAUGACGUGAAGUGUCUUUCUGACCACGUGAUGGUGUGUCCUGCAGUGUUUGCAUGAGCAGGAAAGGGAGAAGUUGCAUAUCUGUGUGUGUGUCCAUGUGUGUCUAAAGCAGAGAAAGUUUGCCGUGCGCAAACAACGUCCGUAUAGGGAAUCCGGUACCGAAUUUUAGAUCAACAUAUUGGCCAGCAGGUGAUACCGUACUAGCAGCAGGAGGAUUAGUGCAAACCUUUCGGACGAAGUGGAUUGGUUUUUGCGAUUCGAUUGGAUUCGGAAUUGAAUUUCGAGGCAGAAUUUCCAGCACCUCCCGAACAGAUUCGUGUGCCACACACACACACCCGGGCGGAAGCAAGCCAUCGGUGUCGUUUGGUGAAAAGUGUGACAAAAAUCAACCCAACCCAACCCCCGGUUGUGGUACCGUUGUCUUCCUCCGCCCUCUCAACCCGCCCCCCCAGUUGUGGGUGGUUAAGUGGGGAGUUGGUGAGAGCAGGUUUAACAUACCAGAAUCGAUGUCAACAUCCGCCGUGGCGAUGGGCGACCGGAGACGGCGUCGGCUGGCGGUGGUCGCACCGAUGCACGCCGGGAUGAAAAUAUGUAAAAUUGAAAUCGGAAAAUGUUUGCUUUUCGUCACGCUGCUAACGAGUGUUUGCUUUCAAGGCGCUUGCACCGACGAGGGCGAGGCCGGUGCGACCCCGGCCGAUCCACAUCCACCGCCGACGAACGAACCCGAAACCACAACCGGUUGUCCUCCACCGGAUUUAAAAAUUUCCCGACCUCGCAAGCAGUAUGCAACGACCGAACCACCCUUUGUCACGUUCGAGACAACGCAGAUCUAUCUGCCCCAGGAUUUCACCACCGCCGACUUUGAGCUGGUCGAGGCAGGCAAGUCCGGCACCAAUGCACUCCGCAGCCAUGCCGAUGCCAGCGAUCAGACCGCUUCCCUGCACGGUAACGCCCACGACACCUCCUUCUGGUGGGAACUGGGCAUCCAGAAUGCGGAAGUUCGUGAGUCUUUAGCGGCGGCCUCCUUCCCGGCACGUUCGAAGCGUGCAACCGGGCAAGGACAUCAACGGCGUCCCCAUCAUCACCACCACCACCGUCGUCGCCGAUCUUCGCCCGGUCCGCACGAUCAUUUGCUUAACCUGGAAGAACUGUCACCCGCCAUAGUGAUCAACAACAUCUUCAACGAAAAUGACAGCGACCACAGCGUGUACGACAAUCUGUUCCUCAACAGUGGCCCCGCGGACGUUGACGUUGACGAGCGGGAUGGUGAAAACAGUGCGGACGCUGGCCAAUACCUGGACAAGAACGAAAUCGAGGGUGAAGAGAUCAUCGUCGAGAUGGGUGACAAUGGGAGCAUCAUCCGGCGCCGAGUCAAGCGCAAAUCGGGCAAAACGACGGGCGCGUUGAGCCGUGCCAAGGCGGGCAGCGGUGGUGACGGUGGCAGUAAGAGCAUCGCCCGACAUCAUAAGCAAGACGAAACGAGCGCGGAGAACGGCCCGGAAGCGGUCGGGCUUGCCGUGGACGCUGGCGCACCCGGUGGCGACCAGCAUCAGCCGGGUGGUGGCCGGGCCCAGGUCCGGGUGAAGCGCAAGUCCGGAAAAGCGACCGGUGCGCUCAGCCGACCGAAGGGAGCGAGUGACAGUGGCAGUAAGAGUAUUAGUCGCAAUGCCAACAAAGGGCAGUACGAUGAGGAUGGGAGCUACGUGCCGCCGCUCCCGGACUCGGCCGAAAACCCCGACCGGGAGGACAAGGAAAGCGAGGAGGUGGAGGAAAGUCCCGAGCUGCAUCAGUUCCGUGAGGUGUCGGAGGUACGGUUCCCGGGCGAAGUAGGACCGCUCGGUGGGCACCGGCUGUGCAAGAUCCAGUGCAUCCGUGGCCACUGGGUUGGGCCGCUGUGUGCGAUGAACGAGCACGAGCAGGACGAGCACGGCCAGCUGAAGUUCGAACCGCUGUACAAACGGUGCGUCGUCGAUCACAUCCCACCCCAUCUGCUGCUGAGCUACAAGAACGUUUCGGUGACUCUCGGCUGGGAUCUGCCGCACGGGCACACGCUGCAGGCUCGGUGCCGUGAUCUCGGGCUCUACAAGCUGCUGGGCGAAUCGAAGGUCCUGUGCUCGAACGGCCUGUGGGCACCGAAGAUGCCAUCUUGCGUACCAACGACACUGUUAACUAAUUACUCUGACGAUAGUCCACCAUCGAUUCGCAUCAAGGUAGGCGUUGGUUCGGCCGCGUACGAACCGUCCGGAGUGUUGGCCGUCCUGCCGACCAGCACCAUCCAUCUCGACUGCAUGUAUCCCCGGCGCCGCGGUUCGCCCGAAUGGACGUGGACCGGAUGGUUCCGACAGUAUCUUACCGGGUGGUCGGCCGUACCGGAGGAGAAGGCAUCGCGCUAUCGGCUCACGAUUAAGGACAUUCAGAAUCAGGACUCGGGCACGUACACUUGCGCCUCACCGCGUGGCCUAACGAACAGUAUCGUCAUCGUUGUUGCUGUGUCCCAGUGCGCCGCUCUAACCGAACCUAAUCCACCGCUUUCCCUACGCCUGGAGGGCAUCAAACUGGGCCAACGUGCUCUGUACCGGUGUCCCUUGGGUUACAUGCUGCAGGGCACGGCCAAUGCGACAUGUCUCGCUUCCGGAAACUGGUCCUCGCCAACACCCACCUGCCACCCGAUCCAGUGUCCACCACUGUUCCUGGAGGAUCCCCAUCUCAGCCUGGUCGAGCUGAACACGUCCGCCUGGGGUCGAGCAGUGUUCCGCUGUGCCUGGGGCUACCGGCUCAGCGGCCCACCCGGACUGGAAUGUGAACCGAAUGGGCACUGGAGUGGUCCGAUACCGCGCUGCCGUGCCAUUCAAUGUCCACAGCCACUGGUUCCAAUAAACGGCAGAAUCGACGGCACCAGUGGCCUGACGACGUUCGGUCAGCGACGCUAUGCGGUCGGGGCACUGGUAACGUUCAGCUGCACCGAGGGUCAUCUUCUCGUCGGCGAGGCGUCAAUUGUCUGCACCGAAACCGGAUUCUGGUCACACCCGCCCCCGUUCUGUAAAGCACAGUGUCCGUAUCCCGGCGAUCCACCGAACGGUUUGAUUGCGCCGCUCAAGUUCCACUACGAUCCGGGAGAUUACCUGACCGUCCAGUGUCGGCCAGGGUUCGUCGAGCACGGUGCCAACGGUGGCCCACCAGAGCGUCCCCGCUGCACGCCCGAAGGCGAUUGGUCCGGACCGGUGCCCCAGUGUCGAAGCUACGAGGAAAUUUAAACCCAACCCAGUUCUUGGCGGUAACCGACCUUCUUUACCGUGUAUCCUAGAAUAAGUUCAGCUCCUUAACACGUACGCGCUGUGUAGGGGCAUUGCAGGGGCGUGGGUUAAAAAAACGCACCGAGCGCACAGAGAGCGGAAAACCAAAACCCCCGAUCGUAGAGCCGUGAGAGUCCUUGUGAUAACAAAAAGACCUUCUUGUCGAGUAGCGAAGAGACAGACACACCCCUCCCCCCAGCCGGUCGGGAAGGAUCGGAUGCGCAUUAAAUCGGUCUAAUCGGUGAAUUCCCGGUAUAAUCCACACUGCAACACAGCAACGGGGCGAACAGUACCGGGCACUCCACAUUGAAGUUCCGGUCAAGAGAAAACAAAAAAAUGAACACAAAAAAAAGCAUUCAAAAUCUACUGAUACAUAUUUAUAAAAGUACAAGUUUAACAAGGAAUGAACAAACGGACGGUUUUGUUGGACGGAGAGCUGCCACGCUGUUCCCUUACUGUGACAAGAGGGUGUACACGGGCGGAGGUGGCCGUGCCCUGCCGGCCGAGCGUUCUAUUAGGUAUCUUCAUGAGUAUAGUGAUGCCCGGGGCACACUCACACAUGUGUGUGUGUGUGUGUGUGUAGGGCGACUCACAGCAUAUUGGUGUUACGAUGAGCAGUUAGCGCUGAAGAAUGAUGGAAGAGCCUUUCCAGACGUACGUUAGAGUACUGAACUGAAAACGGAGGACGAGCAUUGUUUUGUUGCCAUUCAGGAAAGGAAAAAAAAGGACGAGUUAAAGUGAGUGCGUUGGCAUUAAAGAAGGGUUGGGAUCAGCAUUCGAACUGAAUCUCGGCACGAGUGCACAAUUAAUCCCUGUUACAUACUAGUGUAUUCAGGGGGCAAACAGCCGGCAUGUGGCAUCAUCUGUGAUGGUGAUUAGGUGGUUGCAAAGGUGGUGAGAUAUGUAAUACACUAUCAACAUGUGAAGAAUUUAAACCACACUACACUACAAACACGUCAGCCUAUAUCCCUCUGAACAGUACGAACCUACUUACGUGCAUCGCAUACCUUUACCCAGCCCUCCACAUAACCAAACCAUAUCAGCCGAGGAAAGAUAUCACUGACUACUGACGACAAACAUGCAUAUAUACAAAAGAGAAAGCAGAUAGGGAUGGCUCACUGUGGCAUGUAUAAAAUGGCUUCACAUUAUUACGUUAGCGGGAGGAUAGCAGCACACUGAUUGAGAGUUGCGAGAGCAAGAGUUAGUGGCACGCGUGUGUAUAAAUAACUACCAGCCACACACCCUCUACAGCAUGUUGUUUGAAAUACAUACAAAAAAAUGCUAAAAGGAAGAAGUAAUACAUUCACACAAAUCUAUACAUAAUUUAUCCUCUACCCCAAGGAAAAACAAACACAGAAACAAGCGAAAUGCAAACCAAACCAUAUCUUCUAAGCAUAAAGCAAACAGGUUAAAACCAUUCCUUAAGUUACACUUACUCACUCGGUGAGAACCGGUGACAGUUGAUCGUGAUCGUGUAAAGGAGUGGAUCGGAUCGGGACGCGGAAAGCCAGAAACAAACUCACUUGAACCUAAUAAUCAAAAUGACUUAACAAAAAACCCCGUUACCUUACAAGCUGAAGGAACAUAUUUACAACCGGAUGUCGGAUGUAGAAACAAAGAUGGAGGAAGGAAGGAGAAACCUAGCAGCAGGAAUAAAAAAAAACCAUCACCACCCAUAAUAAGGCCACAAUGUUAAUACAUCUUGAACCGAUUUAAAGUGUUACCUUUGCAACAAGUCUGCACAACGCUGCAUUGAAAGCCCUCGUUUUUUUAUGGGAUGGUACCUUUCCAAUUUAACCCGGUCCAUGCGUUAGCAGUUUCGUUCGACGUUUGUCGCCCUUUGGCGGAGUGUAAUGGAGAGCUUUUGCAGACACAUUCGCACUCAUUAAGCUUUUCCGGGUUGGUUGCCGUCAACACCCAGGAACCGGGAACCUCAUUAGCUGGGUGUGAUAAGAUUGUGGAACAAUGGCACACACGCACAAAUGACACACACACGCGUAUCUUCUUGCGUUGAUGCAUUAACACUGUUCAGUGUAAAGUUGUUUCGUGCCGGUGCUUUUAAGGUGCAUACAGUGAGCGGAAUAAGUUUAGCACCAAGCACGCCAAGUUUUUGGCCAAUAAUUUUGGAAGUUGGCAAAUCAAUUUUGCUUUUGUUGCAGUGUUUAAGUUUAUAGCGCUCAUAUCAUUGAAGACCAUUUACCAACCGGCUGAGUACAUGGAGCUUCUUGCUAUAUUGUUCGGAACAAAUUCAAGCAACAAAAAGGACGACUCUUACAAAAUGGCGCGAAUUGAUUUAAUUUCACUGAAACAGUAUUUUUCCACCACAGAUAAGACUAUAAAUGUGCUCUUUUCGAUCAAAAAGAAGUUAAAUGUUGAAGGUUCAGAUGAUCCAGAUAAUACUACUAAAGUCUAAGUUUAUCUCGCGGAUCAGAUUGCACAAUAAAGAAAAAGAUUUCGCUGGCCAUAUGGAACAAUAAGAAUAAUAUAAUUAAAGAUAAAGGGACUUCAUACAAGCGUUCUCGUUUUAAAGUGUUGCGAGAUAACAAUUGGAUGGCUUGUUUAUGCUCAGAGCAGUGAUGGGCGGGUCGACCCGAACCUAUCGGGUCGGAGUCAUCCGUAAGCAAACCGGAAUCGUUCAGGUCGUAUUCCUUGUUCCAACGGGAGCAACGAGUCCGGGUCGAAAAGUGAGUUCGACGAGUACGGUCUAAUCCAUGGGACGACCCAAGAAGAAAUUGCUACGGGUCGACUUGGACUAGUUGCACCCACGGGUCGAUCCGAACCUACUGGUCGAACUAGCGUAUGCUUAGCUGCACCUACGGGUUGCACACCAAAUUGUAGCUUUCUGAAGAUACCUCGCAUCGUUUUAAACUUCGUGUUAACUAGUCUUGUCCCAAAUUCGGCUCGAAAACACACGGUAAUGUGAAUAACCGUAUUUUAUGAGCAAAUUGCUUAAAGUGCUGCUCGAAAAUUCAUUUUGGGGGCCGUUUUUACUUGAGAUCUUCAUGCGUUGUCAUUAAACGAUCUAAUGACAAUGGCAAUCUUCGUGGUAAUUUUCAAAAAUAUAUUUUCAUUUUGCAAUUCCAACAAUUAAGACGCAAUCAACUGUCUUAAAAUUCGCCGUGGAAAAUUGUUUCAACAUUUCCUUCUGAAUUAAGGAGUAAAGGACUCAAGAACUAAUCGGUCAAUGCAAAUCAAUAAUGAGCACAAAACUUAUUUUCCAAACAAGAGUUGCCACGAUUCGCAAGUCCAAAAUGACUUUAAGAAAGAGCUCUGAGGCAGAUUGUAUUACUAUUCUAAAUUGAAGCUUUAUGAAUCGAUCAGUAAUUUCCAAAAAUAUUGCCAACAAAACCAAGGUGGUGCUAUCCUUAUUUCGCUCACUGUAUCAACUCGCGUGUGUCUGUUCCGAAGGUGUUUCCCAAAGAAAAGGGCUCUUAUCAUAGCGACACCCGCCCCAUCAGACAAGCAAACACUGCGUUUUUAAUUAGCCACCUUAACGCAGCACGUGUGUGCGAAUUAAGAUGUGAAUGUGAAAGGUUUGUCCCGCUUGCACGACUUCGGCCCCGAGAAGCAUCCCGUCGCCGAACGUAUACCACUCAAUCUCAGCUUACGUCAACAAAGCAUUAAAAUUAAAACAAAAGCAAACAAACAAACUAGCUCCACGAGGAAAAUGGUGCAGGUGCCCGGCAUGUGAAUAUGGACAUGGAUAGCUCCGGUUCCGGGUGCGCGCGCGUUUGCCGGUGGCGAAGGGUACGUAGGGUUGCGAAGUUUAUCGAUAUCGGUCUGUAUCAUAAAGCAAAGGAUAAGAGAAAGUGAAACAAAAUAAAGCAAACAUUUAUGUAAAACAACCACCACCAGCGUGGAACCAGUGUUGUGUUACUUUUAGGCUAUAAAAUAUGAGUAUAAUAAAAAAAAA